AUGUCUUGGGACAUGGGCGUCGCACCUCCGGGCAUGACCCCGCCCGGAGGCGGCUACGACAGCACCGCCUACCCGCCACCACCGCCCGGCUACGGCGGCCCUCCGCCCGCUGCGGGCGCCUACCCGCCAUUCCCCACGCAAGGGCCGAUGCCGCCGGGUCCGCCGACCCCGCAGGACAGCCCCUGGGGUGGUCCUCCCGCUGCGCCCGGCCUGGGCUACGGUGCCCCGGGGCCAGACCCGGGCUUCACAGCCUUCCCUCCGCCCGGCGGCGCCCCUCCGCCGCCGGCUGCUGGAGGCGGCUGGGGCCAAGCGGCGGCCCCGCCUCCGCCCGGCGGGGCGGGCUACUACGGUGGACCGCCUGCGCCGCCUGUGGAUCAGGGGUGGCAGCAGGCUCCCGCACAGAUCGCGGUGGGCGGCGGCGGGGCCUACGGAGACCGUGGACCCUAUGCGCGUCGCAAGUCGCUCCUCAUCGGCAUUUCCUACCGCAACUCCAUUCGCCCCUUGGGCGGCUGCAUCAACGACGUGAAGAACGUGCGCCAGUUCAUCGUCGAACGCUACGGCUUCCCCACGUCGCGCGAUUCCAUGGUCAUCCUCACCGACGAGGGACACGAGGACUCUGCUCAUCGGCCCACCAAAGAGAACAUCGUUCGUUGGAUGAGGUGGCUGGUGGCCGACGCCCGGGCCGGCGACUCGCUGUUCCUGCACUAUUCGGGCCACGGAGGCCAGACCCCCGACAAGGAUGGCGACGAGAUCGAUGGCAUGGACGAAACCAUCUUGCCCGUCGACUACGAGAAGACCGGUCAGAUCGUCGACGACGACAUGCACGAGAUUCUCGUCAAGCACCUCAAGCCAGGUGUGCGGCUGACGGUGAUCUUCGACUCGUGCCACUCGGGCACGGCGCUCGAUCUGCCCUACGUUUAUGACAGUCGCGGCAACAUCGUGCGGACCCAAGCCCACAGCCCAGGCCAGCAACACCAGCACCUACUACAGCAGCGGCGCGCCUUCGGGACCAGCACCUACUACAGUAGCGGCACGCCCUCUGGGACCAACAGCUACUACAGUAGCGGCACCCCUUCGGGGACCACUUACUAUGGCGGCAUGCCUGCGGGGACUCCCACCACCUACUACCAAUCCAACCCGGUGGUGCAGUACAACGCCCGCAAGAAGAACAAGUGGAGCACCAAGCUGGGCCACAUGCUCAUGGGCGUUUCCAGUUCGAUGAUGCCCCAACGGGGCAUGGGCGACUAUGGCGCCGAGACCACCGACCGCGAAUACAACUACCAGGCCCACCUGAGUAGGAUCUCUCAAGCCGACGUGGUGAUGUUUUCGGGCUGCAGUGACGAGCAAACCAGUGCCGACACCAGCAUUCAGGGCAGCCGCACCGGCGCCAUGAGCUACGCCUUCAUCGCCACGUUGCGCGCCAAUCCUCAGGCACGAGGGGUGACCUACUCUGGUCUGCUGGGCAGCAUGCGCGAGGUCCUCCAGGGUCAGGCAUUUGGCCAAGUGCCGCAGCUGUCCUCAUCCCACCCGAUGAACAUGAACCAACCGUUCAAUGUCUGA